UUGGCAUUUGUCAGACCACGCCAAAACCACCGAUGUAUAAAUACCCACCUCAUAUCUCUCGUUAUCAUAGUUACUCGUUUCUCUUACUCUAACACAAAUUCUCAUCUGAUCAUGUCUGGCUACCCCCACCAGCCACCUGGCUACGGCUACGGCUACGGCGCGCCACCGCCGUCUCAAUCGUACGGCGGGCCACCGCCAUCUCAAUCGUACGGCGGGCCACCGCCGGCCCAGCCCUACUCCGCCUACGGCCAGCCCUCCGCUCCCUACGCCGCACCCUACAACAAACCUCCGAAGGACGAAUCCCACUCCCACGGAGGCUCCAGUGGCGGUUACCCACCGCCGGUAUCGGGGUAUGGCAGCCCCUUCGCGUCGCUUGUGCCGUCGGCCUUCCCUCCCGGCACGGACCCUAACGUGAUCGCGUGCUUCCAGAUGGCUGAUCAAGACGGAAGCGGAUUCAUCGAUGACAAGGAGAUGCAGAGAGCACUUUCUUCCUAUAACCAAAGCUUCAGCUUGAGAACGGUUCAUCUUCUCAUGUAUCACUUCACCAACACCAACGUCAAAAAGAUAGGACCCAAGGAAUUCACAACCCUAUUUUACAGUCUUCAGAACUGGAGGUCAAUUUUUGAGAGAUUUGAUAAGGAUAGGAGUGGAAAAAUCGAUUCGACUGAGUUGCGAGAUGCUCUGUUGAGUUUGGGUUAUGCUGUUUCUCCUGUGGUAUUGGAUUUGCUCGUCUCCAAGUUUGACAAAACCGGUGGAAAAAGCAGGGCCAUAGAAUAUGACAAUUUUAUCGAGUGUUGUCUUACUGUUAAGGGACUAACCGACAAAUUCAAGGAGAAGGAUACUGGGUAUACUGGCUCUGCUACCUUUACCUAUGAAUCGUUUAUGCUGACUGUUUUGCCAUUCCUAAUAGCUUAGGGAAAAUAAUGGCGUAUGGUCUCAGUUGACUUUGUAAAUGGCCAGGCCUGUAUUUGGUUUGAAAGUGUGGCCGAAUUUCUAUUUCCAGUCUUUAAUUUGCCAGUGUUCCCUGUUGUUCUAGUUUGCAAAUAAGCGAAUCCUAAAAUACUGUAUUUCCAGCUAGUUGAGAAUUUUCUUUGGCUGCUGUAUGAUAAUGAAGCCUUGAAAAUGAGAUUCAGUGGUAUUGGUGAUCCAUCUCGGUAUUAGAAUUUUCAAGUAUUUGUCUUUUCCUAAACCCAAAAGAAUGAAGAAUACACGACAUAAUUAAACUUUC